AAAUUUCAUGUCUCCCUAGGCGAUAAUGGACAAAACUGGUAAAGAGAACCUGAGUAGGCAUCCCUGUCAAAAUGUGAAGGUAGCUACUGUGGAUGCUCCAAAGCGGAUUCCUGCAACCCAGAACCGAACACCUGGAUGUGGAGUGCAAGCACAGCGUGUUCUAGUUACGUCAAAUGUUCCCCAACGAGUGCCUAUUCAAUCCCAGACACAGAAACACAUUUCCUGUCCAAAACGUUCCAACCAGUCAGUUCAGCAGCGACCAACAUCUCUUGUUCAGCCAACAUCUAGGAGUCUAGCUUCAAGUAAAUCCACUGCAGCCUCACAUCAGUCAUCUGUGUCUGGAAAAAAAUCUGGAACAGAAAGUGUGCAAAACCAGACUGAGAUCAAAGGAGUAUCAAAUUCAAAGAAUGAGAAUAAAGAGGAAACAAAUUCAAAAAGCGAGACCAAAAAAAAACAGUGGUCUCUUGAUGAUUUUGAAAUUGGUCGUCCUUUGGGAAAAGGCAAAUUUGGAAAUGUGUACCUAGCUCGGGAAAAAGAGAGCAAAUUUAUUUUGGCUCUGAAGGUCUUAUUUAAAUCACAACUGGAAAAAGCAGGUGUAGAGCAUCAACUUCGGCGAGAAGUAGAAAUACAAUCUCAUCUCAGGCAUCCCAAUAUUCUUCGGUUAUAUGGCUACUUCCAUGAUCCAGGAAGAGUCUACUUAAUCUUAGAGCAUGCACCUCGUGGAGAAGUGUACAAAGAGCUCCAAAAGCUUACCAAAUUUGAUGAGCAACGGACUGCUACAUAUAUGACAGAACUUGCAGAUGCUUUAUUGUAUUGUCAUUCAAAAAGAGUAAUUCAUAGAGACAUAAAACCUGAAAACCUGCUGCUUGGAUCAAAUGGAGAACUAAAAAUUGCUGACUUUGGGUGGUCUGUGCAUGCUCCAUCAUCUAGGAGGUCAACUUUAUGUGGUACCCUUGAUUACUUGCCACCAGAAAUGAUUGAAGGGAGAACACAUGAUGAGAAGGUGGAUUUGUGGAGCCUUGGUGUCCUAUGUUAUGAAUUUCUAGUAGGAAAGCCUCCUUUUGAAGCAAAAACAUACCAGGAAACAUACAGAGCCAUUUCAAAGGUAGAGUACAAAGUACCUUCUUUUGUAACAGAGGGAGCUCGGGAUCUGAUUUCAAAGCUCCUGAAGCAUAAUCCGUACCACAGGCUGCCACUGGAGGAUGUGCUCAGACAUCCAUGGGUUACAGCGAACUCUACAAAACCUCCUAAGCAUAAAAUUGCUGAAGCUGCUGCUAGUUCAGUGACUACUUCUACUACUAGUACUACUAAUGACAACAAAAUCCAGUCCUAGCAUGGUGAAUACUGCAGUUUUGCAGUUUGUAGCAAAAAUUGUUUUGGCAAUUAUUGUACUGCAGACUGAUAGCCAGCAUAAAUUGGAUUAAAAAGCAUAUAAAUAUAUAUUGAAGUAUGAGCUGUUGACCUAUGAACCUUAUGGAAUUUGGGAUGCAAAUCCUUCUCACAUCCAUAUUGGUGCUACCAUGAAACAGUUCAAGAGUAUUUCACUUACUUGAAGUUGUUUUGCACAUAAUGUAAUUGCAGGCAUUGAAGACCUUCUUUAUGAAACGGCUGUUUUUCCUGUGUUGGUCCUUCUAGCUGCUUGAUAGCAACAUGUGAGAUUGAGUCAUGGCUUCCUGGAACAGUGCAAUAAUACCCCUGUCCUUGCAGGCUGAAGUUAACAUCUACAGUGAUUUUAAAUGGGUGGAACCUGUGUCUGUAAUGUGCGCUAACUACAGUCCCUAACUGUCUGUCUUGCCUUUUGUUAAGAGGCAUUUUGAAAUUGUUCUUCUAAAUAAAUUCUUUAUAGGCAAUA